AUGUUGGACAAGGGCAGCUGUGAGAAACUCUAUGGUUGUGUGUCUUUGUUUCUCCUUCUGGCUCCAAACCUGCCUCAGUGUUUGUUCAUCUCACCAUCAGCUGUAGUCAGGAGGGAGUCUCACAGACUCAGCAGUUCUUCAGACCUCAGAAUGCAGAGAAGCUAUGUGCAGCAGCACAGUCCCAGGGGCAGCCCUGACAACAUGUUUGGGGUGAGGGUACAGGUUCAAGGUAUUAAAGGUCAACCGUAUGUAGUUCUGAACAGCUCUGAUGAGGGCAGCCUUAGGGACAUCUCUGUUAUCACUCAUCAGCCCGGAUACAACCCAGGGAUGGUGAGGAGGUCAGCAGACGGGAGACACUCUCCAGCUGAGACCCAGAAAGCUGCUUUGUCCUCAGAACUCCAUUAUCAGAAACACCCAGAGAUUCUGAAACCUUAUGAUCCUAACAGUAAUAACCUCAGUGUUAUCAUUCCUCAACCAACUCCAUUGAUGUCCCGACCAGGACCUGAGCCAAUCAAACCUGCUAACUUGUCCAAACCCAGGAUUCCUCUGCCAGCUGAGGGCCCAGAGACAGACCAAGUGGAAGUGCUCCAGACGAAGGCUCCUCAUACCAUUGGUCACAUUCCUGCAAGAGCCCCUAAUUCUGUAGAAACAGAGUCUACCUUAUCUGUAGGCAGGCUAAUUAGUCAAUUCAACAACAGCCAACGGAGGGGAAGAGGUUGCCCAAGGAACCGGCUGGACGCUGAGCUGUGUCGUAGGUCACGCAGCUUGGACAGUCGUGCCUCAGACACAUCCUCCACGUCCUCCUCUUUUUCGAACAGAGCUUUGUCACUGAAAGCGACCAGGGCCCCAGAGACCUCAGCUGGUAUAAUCCUUACUAGGUCUGUGGAGAGUCAACCCAACAACAAGCUGAGCAAACUGCUGACAAUACAAAAUGGAAACCUGCAUCACCCAGAAAGAACACUUGUUGAUCAGACUGAUGGCUCUGGUGAAAGAGAUACGCAGGUCACUCCUGAUCUUCUGAAAGGGCAGCAAGAACUCUCAGUAGACCCGACGGAAGACACAGCAAAACAAAUGCUCUUCACUUAUCUCAAAGAUGGGACGACUGAUGAUGACCCUACCACUCAGAGGAAAGUCAACCUGCUGUUUGAAAGGAUCAACAGGCUCAAGUGGAGGACUGCUAAGAAUGUGGAGGAGGAGGAGAGAAACUAUGCCUUUGAGGUGAAGCAGUUACAGCACCAACAGACACUGCUGGAGAGAGAAGUGUCUGAGUUGAAGCAGAAACUGGAUAUUGAAGUGAAGAAUGAAAUGACUUUAGCCAAAGCCUGUGAGAAAGCAAGGACAGAGAAGACGAAACUUCAGGAAGAGUUGAACAAAAGUCAGAUGGAGUUAAGCAAACUAAGGGACAGGCUGGCUGAAAUGGAAGCACAACUACAGUCAACAAAACAGGAAUUAAGUCAAAUGAGGGCAGAUAGAGAACGAUCCAGGACAGAGAUGAGAGAUCUCCAGCAGCAGCUCUCUGAUAUGCAUGAUGAGCUGGACCAAGCUAAGAAAACAGAGGAAAUGGCACAGUUGCGCAUGGACUUCCAGGAAAUGCUGCACAUGAAGGAGGAACAGGAGGAGAUUCUUCAGUGCCAGAAAGACGAGCUGAGCUCUUUGAAAGAAGCACUGAAAGAAGAGGUGGAAACUCAUGACAAAUACACAGCUGCGCUGAAGGAGGAGUAUGAACAGGAAAUUGAGAAACUUUUUAGGGAUUUGGAUCUGGCUAAAGAGAACAACGAUCUUGUGUAUCAGGAGAGGGUUGAAGCAGAGGAGGAAAAAGGUGUAGCCAAGGUGCAGCUGAAGGACCUCAGUCAAGAGAGAGAUCAGCUGAGAGGAAAGGUACAGGAUCUCAACAAGAAAGUGGAUCAGCUAAGCCAGGCAAUCCAGGAGGGCAGAACCACAGAGAGACUGCUGGAGCAGAGAGCAAGACAGUUGGAGAGGGAGAAGCAGCAAGUAGAAGAAACGUUAGGGGACGUGAGGAGGAAUGAAGAGGAGAUGUGUCAGUCUAACCAAACACUGCUCAUUCGGUUGGAGGAUACACAGAGUAAGUUAACCAAACUGAACCAUGAACACAGAGAUCUGAAGGAAAAGCUAAAAGAAGAGAGGAAACAAAUAGAGGAACUGUGGAAAGCAAAGACGGAGCUAGAAGAUGAGAGAAGGCUGCAGGACAGAGCUGUAGAGCAACUGCAGAGAAAGAUGAACAGCAUCAUGGAAGACUGUGAGGCAUCUACAGAUGUACUUCAAAACCAGGUCGAUGAAGCCAAAGAAAAGAGUCAGAGGGAGUUGGCUGAGUUGCGUAGACAGCUGCAGGAAAAGGGAACAGAACUGGAGAAAUCUCGACAAGCGGCCAAAAAGCUGCAGGAUGAGCUUCUUCCCCUGGAAGAGGAUCUGCUGCAGUGUCACAGGUCGCAGCAGGAGGCCCAGCUGCGCAGUCAGCAGCUGGAGCAGAAGGUGAGGGAGCUGGAAGAGAAGAAUGUGGCCACAGUUGAUGAAAGAGAGCGGCAGGUCAAACUAAUGGAGGGACGAAUCAGCCGCCUUGUGGAAGAUCUCAAUGACGAGCGCAGCAGUGCUGACUGUCUGAUGGAACGUUUAGACAAAACCAAAGAGCAGGUGGAUCAGAUGAGGAGCGAGCUGACACAGGAGAGAGCAAUGAUACAGGACCUGGAGUGUGACAAGAUGAGUCUGGAGAAACAGAAUAAAGACUUAAAGAGCAGAGUCUCACAGUUUGAAGGAUCACAGAGGAACACCCAGGAUUCACUGGUCUCCAAGCUGAACCUGCGCAUCCAUGAGCUGGAGGAGAGGCUGCAGGGAGAAGAACAAGACAAAAACAGUCUUCACCAAACCAAUCGCAGACUGGAGCGCAAAGUGAAGGAGCUGAAGAUGCAGGCAGAUGAGGAGCACGUCAACCUGCAGAGUCAGACUGACCAGCUGACUCAGAGACUGAAGACGGCAAAGAGACAGAUGGAUGAGGCAGAAGAGGAGAUCGAGCGUCUGGAACACAGUAAAAAGAGGCUGCAGAGAGAUCUGGACGAGCAAGUAGAGGCCAAUGAACAGCUUCACAGUCAACUGAACACACUGAGGAGUGAGAUGAGGCGUAAGAAGAAAUCCUCCGCUGUCAUCAAGGUUGUGGAGGAGGACGACAACGACAGAGACGACUACGGCUCUGACUGACGAAUCACUGACUCAAUUAUUUUGGUUAUUAACAACUCAGGUGUGGACUUUUCCAGCCUUGUGGCUUUUGGUCAGAGCUGACCUCUCGUGGCCACUUGUGAAACUACAACAGAUAUGUGACAAGCUCUAACUUUUUCACUCAAACAACUUAUAUUCCAACACAGUGUGCUUUGGUUUUAUGUAAACCUCCAAUUGUAAACUAAAACAGUACAUUAAAACAUAAUAAAAUGCAUAACCAUGUUUAUAAUUGUUUUUGUGGGUAUAUUAAAACCAUACUACAUUUAAAGGUACUUUGUGUACGUUUAGUUACAUCUAAUUAGGAAGUUACAUGUCCUGGUUUAAUACCUUCCUAUAUUCUUGUUCAAGUAUGAAGAUAAGCAUAUUUUAGUAUUCAGGUUUUCCAGUGUGGGCUUGCAAUAAAAGAAAAAAAAUGUUCAUAAAAGCAUAAACAAAAUGAUUUAGUUACAAAAUCUAUAUUAAUUUUAGGAUAAACCUUAUUUAUUUAUUAUUUAUUUAAUCUACCGUUGAUUGGCCUCUGCUGUGAGCUUGUAGAAACAGAUCAAUGGUCUGUGCUGAGUGGAUGUGAUCAGAGGUUGGGAUUUGACUCUUAACUCUCUGGUCAGUGCCUGGCGUUCCCACUGCAGGAGUUCUGGCUACACUUUUAUCAUCACGUUUUACAGUGAUAGGUGGGAAU